UGGUUUCUUACGUUUACUAAAAGGAGCAAUAUAAAAAUGGUUCAAAUACGUUUUCCUGCAAUUAAGAACAACAAUAAUCACCAAAAUUUUCUCUUUCCUCAUUUCGUCGUAUCGGUUCUCACUUCGUUUGAUCUGAUCGAAAAAUGGACGAGAUUGAACUGAAGACUGCUCCAGCUGAUUUUCGAUUUCCAACAACAAAUCAAACUCGACACUGUUUCACUAGAUAUAUUGAGUUCCACAGGUGCACAGCAGCAAAGGGUGAAGAGUCUGAUGCUUGUGAUAAGUUUGCCAGAUUCUAUCGUGCUCUUUGUCCUGGUGAAUGGGUUGAUCGGUGGAACGAGCAGAGGGAGAAUGGGACUUUUCCUGGUCCUCUGUAAUUAUUGAAUGCUUCGGUACAUGGAAGCUUCAAAUUGCUUCUUGGUUUUCUUCUUUGACAAUUCACUUGUUUUUUUUUCCAGAACCAAAAUGGGUUGAUAAACAUUUCCAUUAAAAUGUAGUUUUAUCCUCAUUAUUAUUGUCCGCACAAUGUGUGGCCAACAUGUUGAUAAAUCUUUCAAGUUGGCCAGAUUUAUUGUUCGUUUGGAUAAUGUUAUUUUGUGAUCGCAUUGCAAGUGUGGAUAUUCUCCAUAA